UUUUGCCGUGGUGUGUGCGUGUGUGUGUGUGUGUGUGUUCGUUCUUCAGACAGGAAAACCUCACAGAGACGGGUUUGUACACCAACAUGUAGCUUUAUCACACCUCCACCACCACCGCAAUGACCAGGCCUCCGUUAUCACCGUCCACAUCACCGUAAAGACACGACGCUAUUCUCCCGGAUCCGAUGGAGGGAGCAGUGAGGGUGGCCGAGGCCGGAGGGAGCUCAUCCUCAGCCGGGGCCGCUGUGGCGGAGGACACGGAGACCGUCAUUGGAGUCGGAUACGGGAUAGAAGACACUGCUGCUAAGAAGACCUACAUAACUGAGAUGCCGUCCUCGUCCUGCCACCCCGGCUCCGGCCUUGAGAAGAAGAUUGGCCACAGGAGGGUGGAUGCCUCAGGGGAGACCACAUACAAGAAGACGACCUCCUCUGCCCUGAGAGGUGCGAUCCAGCUGGGCAUCGGCUACACGGUGGGCAACCUGAGCUCCAAACCCGAGAGAGAUGUGCUCAUGCAGGACUUCUACGUGGUCGAGAGCAUCUUCUUUCCAAGCGAGGGCAGUAAUCUGACUCCAGCGCACCACUUCCCAGACUUCAGGUUCAAAACCUACGCCCCUGUGGCGUUCCGCUACUUCCGGGAACUCUUCGGGAUUCGACCCGACGACUACCUGUACUCUUUAUGUAAUGAGCCCCUGAUCGAGCUCUCAAACCCCGGAGCUAGCGGAUCCAUUUUCUACGUUACCCGUGACGACGAGUUCAUCAUCAAAACUGUACAGCAUAAAGAGGCGGAGUUUCUGCAGAAACUGCUUCCUGGGUACUAUAUGAAUCUGAACCAGAACCCUCGGACGCUGCUCCCCAAAUUCUUUGGCCUGUACUGCAUACAGUCUGGAGGGAAGAACAUCCGGAUUGUGGUAAUGAACAACGUUCUGCCACGCGUCUUCCGCAUGCACCUGAAGUUUGACUUGAAGGGCUCCACCUACAAGCGCAGAGCAUCCAAGAAGGAGCGAGAGAAAUCCAAGCCUACCUUUAAAGACUUGGACUUUAUGCAAGAAGUGCCUGAUGGAUUACUGCUGGACACGGACACUUACAGCGCCCUGGUCAAGACCCUGCAGAGGGAUUGCCUGGUGUUAGAAAGCUUUAAGAUCAUGGACUACAGCCUGCUCCUGGGCGUGCACAAUGUGGACCAGGCUGAGCGUGAGCAGCACACAGACGGUUCUCUGAGUGAUGAGAAGAAGCCUGCAGCCCAGCGAGCACUUUACUCCACAGCGAUGGAGUCCAUUCAGGGAGGAGCUACCUGUGGAGACUCCAUUGACACAGAGGACACAAUGGGAGGAAUCCCAGCAGUGAGUGGGAAAGGCGAGAGGCUGCUGCUCUUUAUUGGCAUUAUAGACAUUCUCCAAUCUUACAGACUCAUUAAGAAGCUGGAGCACACAUGGAAAGCACUGGUCCAUGAUGGAGACACAGUAUCAGUGCACAGGCCAAACUUCUAUGCUGACCGGUUCUACAAGUUCAUGAGUUCUACAGUGUUCAAGAAGAGCUCCUCACUGAAGUCCUCUCCCUCGAAGAAGAGCCGCAGUGCACUGACGGUGCCCAAACAUAGCGGGCCUGGGGCAGCCUGGUCAGCCAGUCAACUCCCCUCAGAGAGAGACCACCACAUCUAUGGCCUGAGAGGAGCACACAGCUUUCCUGUGCUUGAGAACGACGGCCUGCAGCCAUGUACUCCUCCAUCAUUCGAGGAGGCCACCACAGCCUCGGUUGCCACCACGCUGUCAUCCAACACGUCCAUAUCGAUCCCAGAGCGAUCCCCCUCUGACACAGCAGAGCACCCCCGUUACAGGAGGCAAACCAUGACUCUAAAAGACAUCGAUGGAAGGAUGGUUGAUGUCCAUGAGGAGGACCAGCAGACUAUCACGGUGCAGGUGGAGGUUAAGAGAGCGACAGAAGACGAGGAGGAGAAAGAAGAGACAGUGAUCGAGGAGAAGGCGGAGUUUGAGGUUGAGAAGGAGUCUGUGAUCUCCUCCCGUACACCGCCUCCUACAGAGAGCUGUGUGCCCGGGGAGGCCGAUGUCCUUUCCCUGCCUGAAAUCAGAGAGACUGAGAUUCUGGACGACAUCAUCCCAGAGAUAGUCGACCAUCCACAGACAGCAGAUCCCCCUCCACCUGCGUCACCACCGGCAACCGUUUCUCUCGAGGAUGUCGCCCUGGAAACAGGCACCGAGGCAGAAGCUCCGGAUACACGGGCUCUGAGCUCCAUGCUCAGCAGAGGGCAAUCCGAGUCCCACAGCCAGGCAUCUGCAGACGAGGAGGUUGUGCCAAUCACCGAUAUCUAUUUUCCUCCAGAAGACAGGAGCUGGGUUUAUUCGGCAAUCCACCAUCGCUCCGAGUCUCAGCCCGUUUCUGAUGGAGAGAGUGAGGCAUAAACCGUAUGCAGUGUGAUAGGUGUUGGUUGAACUCGGAGCUGCUCUGUCUUUUCUCCGGUCACCCCCACGAGCCCUGCAGAAGGGACCCUGCUUUGCCAAGCAUCAUGGGAAAAAAUUGUAUGGAACUUUUCAGAACUUAAAGAAAAGGAGAAUAUCAUCAGCCAGUUGAUGCUCUGUCUUUUCCCAAGUCUCCUACAGGUCCAGCAAUCGUGAGAACAGUCUCGUACGAGGGAUCUCCUGAUUCCUCCGACACGCAUACACUAUAUGACUCUUUGCGCGCUCUCUGAACAUCAUUCGCCAGUCACGUUCACAUUAUCCAAAUCUGAUCAUUUCCUCAGUCAAUGUAAGCACUCUUCCAUCACGUCUCAGUGGUUUUACGUGCUGGACUUUUUGUUUGUUUGUUUGUUUGUUUGUUUGUUUUGUAUUGUUGUGGGGUUUUUUAACAUUCCAUCAAUCCUCCAACACUGUCAUACCACAUUAUUUAAUUAUGUCAGUAAGUCUGUAAUUUACUGGUGAAAACGGAACUUACUUCUCCGUGACGCUGUGCUGUAGGAGUUCCCAGGUUUGGGGACGGACGCUGCUCUUUCACAUCUUCUACGACAUAUCAGUGGCCGUGGCUCAGACGCCGUAACCGAGACAGCCGCGGCUGUAAGGACCUUUCAGGGUUCGAGAUUUCAUUUAGAGCAUAUCAAAAGAGUGCUGGUGCGAAGUACUGUGUCCCAAACAAACAUCAGUAUUCCCAUCAUCCACCACUACUGUAGAAGUUCACGUCACUAAUGUAGGAGUGACUCUGAAAAAGUGUCACGUUUUUACGUUUGUUUGGUGUCUUUUUUGUUCUUUUAUAUGAAUUUAGGAGCUGUUGAUGUCAUUUUACGUCCUAGCUGUUUUUAAUCAUCAUUUUACAAUAGAUUUGGGUGAGAUGUGGUCAUGUAUGUUGGAGUCCUACUGUUUUUUUUGGGUUUUUUUAUGGAAACAACCCUACAUAUAUACUCAGCAAAAAAAAAAAGAAACGUCCUCUCACAUUCAACUGCUUUUAUUUCCCGCAAAUUUCUUAAUAUGUGCAAAUAUUUGGUUUAAUAUGAAAACAUUUAACAACUGAGACAAAAUAUGAACAAGUUUCACAGACAUGUGAGGAAUAGAAAUGGAGUAAUGAGUCCCAGAACAAAGGGGGGGUCGAUAUUAAAAGUAACAGUGAGUAUCUGGUUUGUCCUCCAGCUGCUUUAAGUACUACAGUGCGUCUCAUCUUUUCUGUUAGAUGUUACCCCUCUCUUCCACCAAGGCAUUUGCAAGUUCUCGAUCACGUCUGGGGGGGACACACGGUUACAUGUAAUUUUCCACUGCAAGGACGAUCAGCUGUCCUUCCUGUCUCCCUGUAGCACUGUCUUAGACAUCUUACAUUACAGACAUUGCAGUUUAUUGAUCUGGACACAUCUGCAGUCCUCAUGCCUCCCUGCAGCAGGUUCAUGGCAUGUUCACGCAGGUGAGCAGGAACCCUAGGCAUCUUUCUUCUGGUGUUUUUCAGAGUCAGUAGAAAGGUCUCUCUAGUGUCCUAACUUACUGUAACUGUGACCUUAAUUACCUACUGCCUGUAAACUGUUCGUGUCUUAACGACUGUUCCGCAGGUGCUGUUUAAUACUUCAAUAACUGUUUAUGGUUCACUGAACAAGCAUGAAAAACAUCAUUUAAACCCUUUCCGAUAAACAUCUGCGAAGCUCAUUCGGGUUUUACUAAAAGAAUCUGUGAAAUACAGUCUCCUGAGAAAGGGACGUUUCUGUUUUUGCUGAGUUUAGUUUACUAAAUCAUUCCUACCUUCUGAAAUUCUAUUUAAAGAGAUAAUCUCAGAUAUUCAUGAUCUUGCUGCCAUGCAACUGUGUGAGCGUGAGUGUGUAUGUGUGUGUGUGAGUGUGUGUGUGUAUGUGUUUGUGAGUGUGAGUCAGUGUGUGCGUGAGUGUGUGAGUGAGUAUGUGUGAGUGAGUGUAUAUGUGUUUGAGUGUGUAUGUGAGUCAGUGUGUGAGUGUGUGUGUGUGAGGGAGUCUUAAUACUCUAUACUGUGGUCAAAAAAAUAUUAAAAUGUACUCCAUUCUGCAGCUGUAUAACUCUAUAUAUAAUCUCUAUAUAAAACUGUUAAUAUUUUGUUCUUACUUUCUUCACACCGUGUCCCCUUUUGAAAGCUUUAUUUCAUGCAUAAAAUAUUUUCACCAUUAUUUGAUAGAUUUAAAAAAAACAAAACAAUCCACAUCAGCUUUAUAUGUUUUUAAUUUUUUUUUCUAAAUGAUGAAAUAUAAACCGAUUCUCGAUCUCAAUGUUGAAGUUGGUGUAGCAGUUUAAUCCAUCGCAUCACAAUGCAGUACAUGUGAUUGCCUUAUUUGGAUCAAUUAUUUUGAUAGCUAACAAGAAUGGAUCGAUUACCCCGACGUGUUCGUAAUCAAUCAGCGUGCUAUUUUUCCAAAUAUAACGACACAGCUUGUGUUGUAGCUAUAAUGUACGUAUCAUACAAUCAGUAUAGUGUAUGUUUUAAUUGAUAGGGCUUUUAUUUUUGAUUGCAUGUAGAAAAGGAAAAAAAAAAAAAAAAAAAACUAGGACGGGAUAUGUUAAUAACAUGAUGAAAACUUCUUGUCCUGUAUUCCAAACCGAGUUUGUCCGAAGGCUUUAACUGUUGACGUGUCUAAUGUAAAGCUCUGCUGUUUGUACGUAGUGUUGAAGAAAAAAAAUCCUUAGUAGUGUGUAUGAGUGUGCGAGUGUGUGGAUGUGUAUUUUAUUUGUUGAGGAAGAUGUGCUUUGUUAGCGUUUAUUUCCAACCAUCUUUUCCUCAAAGGCGUUGCAUGUAUUCAGCACUAAGAAGCUCUGUUGAGAUAUGUAUCUGUGUCCAUCUCUAAAGGCAUUUACCUGAUGCCCUGUGUGUUUGUACAGAUCAGUGGAUGAUUAAUGGUGUAAAAAAAAAUAAAAUUAUACUUAAAAAACGAUUUGUUUAUCUGUUAAUUUAACUUGCAGCAAGUAGC